CAGAAAACGUUGGCGAGUGUGAGAGCAGUCCGGACCCCAGUGAGUGUACAGCCCUAGUGAGUGUUACAGUGUUCACAGCAGCCAGAGUUUAGUACUUGUCACACCCUCGUGGGCACGUGACGUGGUCUGUGUUUGAGUGUUGAGUGCAGUGUCCCAUGUGCUCCAUCUGAUCCUGGAUAGUAGUAUUAUUUAAAAGCGACAUUCAUACAAGAUAACAACACGCUUUUUUCAAAUAUGGUGGCACAGGCAUUAUACGUGUGUUGCUGCGCCAAUAUGAUAUGGUUUAUCGGUUUCCUAAUGUCUAGGACAGGAAGCCUAUUAGGGUUAUCGAGGUCCUCCAACGACUGACCUACUGGAUUCAUCCCACAACAGUUGCCUAAGGCUGUUAGGGUAACCCAGCUUCUCCUGUUGCUGCUGCAGCAACCGCCGCAGCGGAGCCUCUUGCUGACCAUCGGCAUUACAAGGGAAAGCUGGAAUGUUCAUUACUGGUCCAGCAGCUGCCUGAGGAAAGCUUUGGUGCUGCUGCUGAAACACCCACUGUACAAUUGAUUGGUAAAACCCAAAGGUACAUCCAGGGAGGGCUUGGAUGUUCAUUACAACUGCCAUCAACCCAUUUUAUGUCUGAGGAUAAAAAUGGAGAGCAAGAUCAAAAAGAUGGUCAAAGUUCAGAUGAUGUACUUAUCUCCAGAGGCAAUCAACAGCAACUUUUUGUCAAAGAAUCUUUCCAGGAUGAUUCUGAUGAUAGCAGUGAAGGAGAACUAAUCAUUGUUGAUGAAGAUGAUGAUAAAAGUCUAAAUGAAACAAGUGUGGAUUCUGUUUCUGACAUAGAAACAGCCAUUGACAUCCAAGAUUGUAAACAGAAAACAUUCUCGGGCAAUCGUCGUCGGAUUGGCACUCGUAAUGAAGCCCAACAGAAGAUGGAGGAUGGAAAACAAUGGCUCAUUAAUAAUGUUGUGUUUAUCAACACUGUUAUUAGUGUGAUCCCUCUGAGCUCAGUUGAGGAAGCCUACAAAGCAUACUGCAAUGAAACUGGGAAAGAACCCUUAGCGACGUCAGUACUUGCUCGUCUUAUAAAAAGUUUAUUCCCAAAGGCCAUAAAGUGCCGUCUUGGAUCGCGUGGAAAUCAGCGAAUUCAUUACCGUAAUUUAAAGAUGAAGAAAGGUACAGUGCUGCUUUCGCAGCCAUCUGAUUGGAUGUCAGAGACCAUUAGAAAACCCAGUAGCACUUAUGGAAUGACUGGUUCAACUAGCAAGUCCACAAAAAGAGACUGUGUGGACAUUAUAAAUGAGAAGAAUUUAAACAUAUCAGAGCAGCAGGAAGUUCAUUAUAACAAUUCCAUUGAAGAGGAAGGAGGUAAGGCUCUGGAAGAGCAAGAUAACUCUGUUGAAAGUGCUGACAAGCCACAGCUAAAAGUAAAUGAGUUUGUUAAACAAGAAGAGAAAGUUUCUACAUCUAAGAUGCCUAUUCAAAAGAAUCCAACAUCUCAGAUGUCAUCAGAUGAAGAGGAAGAUUGUGAAACUGCUGCCAAGAAUCCAACAUCUCAGAUGUCAUCGGAUGAAGAGGAAGGUUGUGAAACUGCUGCCAAAAGGCUCUCACAGGUGUUGAAAUGGAUUUCUAACCAAGGCCGAAAGGAUGUACUUCUGCGUGAAUUUGCACACAGUGCAUCAUGCCAAAAAGUAUCAUGCACCCCUAUGUGCCUGAUGUUCCGCCGUGUUCGUCGCCACGUAGUAGCUGCUAGGCAUUCAUGUUCUGUGUUAAUCUUAUACUCAUCCCUCUUGCGUAUGCAUGUGUCUUCAUGUGUUAAUGCUGAUUGUGGGUUGCCUGCUUGUCCUGCACUGAGAGCUACCAGAUCUGCUAAGCGUUCUCUUGGACAAAAAGAAAAUCCAUCAAAGAGAACAGCUGUAUACACUACAAAAUACAAAGUGGAGCCUUCAACAAUAUCAUUAGCUCCACAAUCUCCACCAACAUCAUUACCAGGAUCACCUGUAAACUCCCCUCCAGCAAGCCCAGACCCACUCUCAUAUGGGGGGGAAUCAUGUUGGUCAACACAACCGGGUCAAGUACAAUAUGUGAUUGUACCCGUUUUGCCAGUCAUGGUGCCGUUCUCAAACAACCGUGGAGCCUAAUCAUAUUUGCUGCAUUCAUAAAUGUACCAUGAUUCGAACGUAAUCAGUACUGUGAUUAAUCAGUUUACAAAAUUUUUAAAUCCAUAUCUAGUAUUGUAUUUUUUCUUAUAAAGUGAAAGUUAAAUUUAUUUAAACAUUAAUAAAUAAAUUUAUAUUACAGCAUCUUUUGCUUGAAUCUAAAUUUCAAGUCCUAUCUUUAAAUUUAUUAGUACAGUACUGUACUAAUAUAAUUUUUGCAGUGAAGAAUUAUUUCAGUUUAUGGUUAUUUUUGUUAAAUCAGAUUAUAUGCUCUUAUAAUACAGUAUAAUAAAAAUUAUUAUACAGUAUAUCAUUUUAUUAUUUCAGGAAGCUAAUUAUGUAUAUGAAGAGGAGAAAAGAGUAACAAAUAUUUAAGCAUACAUUUUAGAAUUUCUAAUACUGUAUGUUAACUAGUUCAAUCUUCCCUCUUCAGCAAUUCAGCUCAAAACUUAAACAAGGGUGACUUGAUUUGUUUUGCAUUAAAAUCUUCUUCAUACAUGAUUAUUCUUAUUAUAGAGGAGAAUAUGUUUCAGAUUUUCUGUGCAUAUUUGGUCAAUGUUUAAAAGUAUAAUGAGGAAUUAAAAGGCUAUUAGUAAUUUAAUUAAU